AUGUUCACAGCUUCUCUUUUCUCGGCUCCUCGUCCAACUGCAGGUGAUGAGUACCGUGCUGAACUUGUGUCUUCUGGACUCACUCAACAAGCCGUCGACGGGAUUCUUAAUAUCAGUGGGACCGCUUAUGUUUCUUUUGCUGAAAAUGGUGCCAAUGCCAACUUCGGGAAUGCUAUCGACGCAGUGACCAAGUGGAAAAUGACUAUGGAGAAUUUUGUAAAGACUCAAUCGAAGGAAGACCAAGACGCAUACGGAAAGUUUUGUAAGAAGCAAGAGGAGGAAUACAAGAAGAGAUUCUUCUAA